AUGUCAAGACAACAUCUAACCAAACUCGAAUCCCAAAUAUCAUCCCUCAAACAUGAACUUGAACUGGCCACAUUCCUAAACAAAGGUAUCCUUCAGACGAAUACAGAGUACAAGCUCCGCAUAGCUGAGCUAGAAAGCGAGAAUAUAAUACUAUCGAAAGCCGAAUCAAAGUUAUCUGAAACUGAAGAUGAGUUGGAAGUCACUCAAAAGCAGUAUAGGACAUUACAAGGUGAUCAUGUGGAUUUACUCAAUGCGCAUAAUUCGUUAUUGCAGGGACAUAGCGAACUGAAAGAUGAAGUGAGGCUGUGGCAAGAUAGGUAUCAGGAUCUGAGGAAGAGCAUAAAAGGUUUAUUAGAUAAUGGACAGGUCGAUGUGGAUGCGGAUGGGGAUGGUCAGAGUAAGAGGAAUAGUAUAACACCUAUAUCAAAGUCCCGAGCUACCUCGGCUUCAGCUUCAAUUUCAGUAUUAGCAAAGCGACGUACAAAUGCUACCACCCGAAACCAGGAAGAUCAGACGAAGAUCGCUUCAUCUUCCAAAGUGCCCUUAUCUGUAUCACCCGUCUUACCGCCUCUCAGAUCUCAGUCGAAAAAGCGCAGGAGAGUGGAGGAUUCCGUUUCAGAUCAGGAGUCGGGAGAUGAGCAGAUAGACCAGGAUGACCGGGAGAAUCAUGAAGAUCGAUAUCAUUCGCAUAACCUACAUACUCCAUCACCUAGGAAUACAUAUUCAUCUCGGACGAAGUAUCAUACAACGACUCGGACACCGACGAUACAUCCGAAUUCCAACUCGACGCCCAAUGGCAAACCUCGUUCAUCCACUGCUUCAAUGACAAACAAGAGGAAAACGAAUAAUCAGAAUCAAUCAAAUGUGAAAGUGAAGGAUGAACCGAUAAGUCCUGACAAUGGCAGAAGGGGUAAUGAUGAUACACAAUAUAGUGAUGAUGGUGAUGAUCCAUUAGCUAUGAUGUAA